AUGCCCCCUGAGGCUGGACUGCUGAGCGGGCCCCAGGUUCUGCAGGUUUCUGUCCGUAUCAAAGAGCUUCUGUCUCAGCUGAGGCCCAACGCCGUGGCGCUGGUGGACGCCUUUGAUUUCCACGACAAGAAGCUGAAUUCUGUUCUGGGGCGCUACGAUGGAAACGUCUACGAGCAAAUGUUCGAAUGGGCUCGUCGUUCCCCUCUCAACGCCACGGAGGUUCAUGACUCCUUCCACAAGUACCUGAAGCCUCUGCGGUCCAAACUGUGAGCUCAUCACUGGACUCCAACUGCUGCUUUCAUUUUAACAGUAGACAAGAUGGCUUUUACUUUCUGUCAUUUAAUGCUAACGAUGAGCCCUCCCUCCUCUUAUGUUAACACCCCCCACCCCCGCACACAGUAAAGUUAAUCUCAGGCUUUUGAAACCUCCACAGAAGAACUAACCUGAUUGAUAGAUUAGAUUAGUGAUGAGAAGUGAACAUAAAUCUGAGUUUUUCUUUGUUUUAUGGAUGGAAAUCGAUUACAUCCAUAAAUAGCACAUUUAAAUAAAGUUUGAACUGACAGAAUAACAUUAAGAGUCUUG